AUGUCUUCAAAAUACGAAAAAUUACCAUUAGAUCCAUUUUUUAAAACCAUUGAUGAAUUAAAACCAAAAUUCAUCGAUAGGUUACGUAAAGCAAUUGCCAUCCCAUCGGUAUCAUCUGAUGAAGGAUUACGUCCUCAAGUUGUUGCUAUGGCCCAUUUCUUAGUUGAUGAAUUGAAAACUCUUGGAUUCCAUGAUAUUCAAUUAAAAGAAUUAGGUACUCAACCUCCACCGGUUGUUGAUGCUAAUUUACAAUUACCUCCAAUUGUUUUAGGUCGUUUUGGUAAUGAUCCUGCUAAAAAGACGGUAUUGGUUUAUGGACACUAUGAUGUUCAACCUGCUUUAAAAGAGGAUGGAUGGUCUACUGAACCAUUUACUAUGUAUCAUGAUGAAAAGAAUGAUAUUCUUUUUGGUAGAGGGACUACUGAUGAUAAAGGUCCAGUAUUAGGAUGGUUGAAUGUAAUUGAAGCUCAUAAUAAAUUGGGAUGGGAAUUACCUGUGAAUUUGGUUGUUUGUUUUGAAGGUAUGGAAGAAAGUGGAUCACUUGGAUUAGAUGAAUUAGUUGCUAAGGAAGCUAAAGAAUAUUUUAAGGAUGUUAAACAAGUUACUAUUUCUGAUAAUUAUUGGUUAGGUACUACUAAACCUGUUUUAACUUAUGGUUUAAGAGGAUGUAAUUAUUAUCAAAUUAUUAUUGAAGGUCCAGGAGCUGAUUUACAUAGUGGUAUUUUUGGAGGUAUUGUUGCUGAACCAAUGACUGAUUUAAUUAAAGUUAUGUCAACUUUAGUUGAUGUUAAGGGGAAAAUUCAAAUUCCAGGAGUUUAUGAUAUGGUUGCUCCAUUAACUGAAAAGGAAGAUAAAUUAUAUGAUGAUAUUGAUUUUUCAGUUGGUGAAUUAAAUGCUGCAUCAGGAUCGGAAACUUCAUUACAUGAUAAUAAGAAGGAUAUUUUGAAACAUAGAUGGAGAUAUCCAUCUCUUUCAUUACAUGGUAUUGAAGGUGCUUUUUCAGGAGCUGGUGCCAAGACUGUUAUUCCAGCUAAAGUUGUUGGUAAAUUUUCUAUUAGAACAGUACCAGAUAUUGAUUCUAAAACUUUAGAUCAAUUAGUAUUUAAAUAUAUUAAUUCAGAAUUUGAAAAAUUAGGUUCACCAAAUAAAUUUAAAGUUGAAUUAAUUCAUGAUGGUAAUUAUUGGGUAUCUGAUCCAUUUAAUGAAUCUUUCACUGCUGCUUCAAAAGCAACUCAAGAUGUCUGGAACGUUGUACCUGAUUUCACUAGAGAAGGUGGAUCUAUUCCAAUUACUUUAACAUUUGAACAAGAAUUAGGAGUUGAUGUAUUAUUAUUACCAAUGGGUAGAGGUGAUGACGGUGCACAUUCAAUUAAUGAGAAAUUGAAUGUUAGUAAUUAUAUUAAUGGAUGUAAAACAUUAGGUGCUUACUUACAUUAUUAUUCAAAGGCUUAA